AUUCAUUCCUUGAGACUCUUGGUUGCAACAAAACUAGAAAUGGACGGAAUUUAUCGCAGUUAAGUGAUAAUUAAUUAAAUAUUAUGCUAAUUCAUGACUCGAAUCCCAAAUAUGGCUAAUGAGGGUGUGUAAUUGAGCGAGCGGACCCGACUCACUAACUAGCUACCACCAUCUGGGAGCGUGUGCUGUUACCCUAUCCAUCUGCCCUAUCCAUCUACUGUUUGCAGAAAGGCUCUAAUACGAUAAUGGAUGACGAGAUUGAGUACCUAGGUACCAAGCCUGCCUCUGUGAAUCGACCAGCAAACAAUCGCCCCUUUCUAGGCGCCCUGCAGCCGACAGGCAUCACUCUUCAUAUCGAAAAGUACGGGGGCGAGAUUGCAGAGACUAUGACUUUUCAGAAGCCAAAAGGCAACACAAUAGCUAUAGGCAGACGACCACCCAAAGUCGAUGCAGACCAAUCAAAGCGAGACCAGGAGGAGGGCAAGGCCAUGUUCAGAUGCCCUGUCGUUAGCAGAAAGCAUGCUCAGAUAAUGUUCUCAGAUGCUGGCAAUGUGUUUCUCAUUGAUCUGGGUUCACACCAUGGCACCCAUCUGCGAAAGCCGGACCUGCCUGUCUCUACAAUGCUUCGUUCUGAAAUGCCCACGGCCCUGUCUACGAAUGAUAUCAUCACGUUCGGCAAAUCCGUUGGUAGGGGCGGUGAUAUGGUUCGACCGGUGGUUGCUCGGGUCGAAUUGCUCUUCAAUCAGCCCGUUUCAGCAUUCAGGCCUCUUAUUGUCCCAGAUUCGCCAACAAGUUCAGAGGGGUCCGCAAAAUCCACUGGCCGGUAUGGUGUUCGCGUAUCAUCCCCGGAGUCCUCUUCCGGAUCUGAUCAUGACUCGGAUAUCGAAGAGCUGUGUUCGCCAUCACUUGUACCGUCCAACGACGGUGGUCCUCCCCAGUGCUUUGAUUCUUUAUUAGGCCGAGCCUCUCAAGUCUUAAAGAAACUCAUCCCGCCCGCUCAUUCAGCGCAUUUGAGCCAGAUCCCCCCCAUCACCAGUCAUGUAUUCUUCUCUCGCAGCCCUCAGCCACCGUCAGAAUUCGUCGGGUCUCCGGGACUGCGCUCACCCGCGAUGAAUCCCCUUGACCAUGAUGAUGCUAUUCCAUCUCCGCCCCGUUUUGAUCUGUCCUAUCAUGAUCUCUACCAACCUGAAGACCAUGCUAGAUCCGCUUCCCCGAUGGAACUUGGUAGCCCGUCAUCUGUGUCUGCACCGCUCUUACAGAGCCCUCUAGAGAACGUACUCAAUGAACCUGUUGUAGUUGGGGCGUGGCCCUCGCCACCGAGUCAGAGAUCCUUAUCGCUCCUCCCAGAGCCCUCUCUGGAUGAGGGCAUCGGGAAAGUUGCUUCUGAGGCUGCCGGAGAUGUACCUCCGGCUGAGGUUGCCACCCCUUCCUUUGACAUAAACGCUGCCCUGGACGAAGUCAAGGAUGAGGUAUCGAAGCUGCAUGUCCUGCGUCGCAAGUACAAACUCAGAUUCAACGCUAAUGCCCAUAUUGUGAAGGAUAAGUUAAGUGAUCUAGAUGAAAGGGUGACUGAUGUGAACGGGCUAUGCAACUCGCUCAUUGAGCAAGUCGACAACUUGUGUCAUAUGGACAUUCCAGAUCUGCAGGCGCAAAUUGAUUCCCUGCAGGAUCGGGAACAAGGCCAGGAGGAUCUUUUGAGUGAAAGGGAGGACGCCCAGGCCAACAUCCAGGCUCUUCGUGACCUCGUUGCUGAUACGCGAACGCUUCGUGAGACCACCGAACAGCAGAUGGCUGCAGAGCUGGAAGCUGUGCGACGGGCUCGUGAAGCGGCUAUCAACGCGAUGUCAGAGACACCCUCUCCGAUGUCCUUGAAGCGAAAGCGCGACGAAAGUGAGGUCGAAGAUGUGUCAGCUCCUGCGAAUAGUGCCAUUGCCAUCAUCCCGGUCCAUUCCCGCAAACGCGUGAGAAUUGCGUCCGUCAUGGUUCAAACGACGGCCACAGUUGCCCUUGGGGCGGUGGCUACUUGGGCCGCAUUGGCGUUCAGUUGAACGAACAUAUUCUCGUCGAAACCUGGACAUUAUCAUGGUGUUCAGUGACAUGGACGUGUAAGAUCAUGGCGGAAUAUGAAUGUAGUAUGUGAUGUAGGACCACUAUAGGCGUUAUUUAUGCGAAGACAAUGUUGUAGGCUAAGAAGGGUACUAUGCAAUUGAAAUUUUUCUUGGUAUCUACUCCUAGCUUGGGUUAUUUAUGUAGUAAACGCAAUAAGCGGUCUGCGAAAUGUUUUUUCACGCACU